CAUAGAAAUGUAGAUCGCUGCCAGAGAGGAGCGGGAGAGCGAGGUAGCGAGUCGAGAGAGGAAGAGCGGCUUGGAGCGCAGACGCGAGUUUCAGAGCAGCGGAGUUUGAAAGUCGCUACUUGCACGCGCUGCAACUUCGCGCAGUCCCCUGCACAACGCGCCACGGAUGAAUGAAUCAAGCGACACCGCAGCCGCGCUGACGUCCACUCAAGUCACUGCUCACGUUGAUUGGAUGUAUAAAUAUGCGUGCAUACGCGAGUCUCUGAAUACGUGCGCCUGCUGUACGGUGUCCGUCUCGAGGACGUGCCUGCUUCGCUGCUGAGAGUCGAGGGAGACCACCUCCUCCCCACACCGCUCUCUCUCUCGCCUUAAUUUUAGGAAGCGGGAGAGAGAGAGAGACCCCCUCUGCUUUUGCACCCGGGCUACGAGCAGUACUGGCUGGCUGGCUUGCUGGGCUUGGAUGUGGUUAGCCAUGCCUUCUGCCUUCAGCAGUAUUGGAAUACUGUCGCACUUGUGGCUGCUGCUGCUGCCUCCUACUCUGCCGGGUCAAAUGCACCGCGUUGCAGCCUCUGCCGAACGCAUUGUCCAUCGCGACCUUCCCGGAUCCCACUACGAGGUCACCUUCCCCGUGCGCGUGAACGACCUGGGUGAGGCCAUCACUCCGGCCGCCACGGAUGCGGACGGGGCCUCCGGCGGCCGUCGCCGCCGCAGCCCCGAGCCUCCCGCGCCGCGCGCGCACUACCGCCUCGCCGCCUUCGGCAAGGACUUUCGCCUGGACCUGACGGCCGACUCGUCGUUCCUGGCGCCGGGAUACACGGUGUUACGGCUGGGCGGCGGUGGAGACGGCGGUGGCGGCGGUGGCGGCGGUGCCAGCGGUGCGGAGCGGAAGGGCCUGCGCCACUGUUUCUACACGGGGCACGUGAACGGCGUGCGCGAACACACGGCCGUGCUCAGCCUGUGCUCUGGCCUGGUGGGCACCUUCCGCACGCGCGAGGGCGAGUACUUCAUGGAGCCCGCGCCGGACGGGGAGGGCGUCCACCGACGGCCGCACUUCAUCUACCUGCGGGACGCGGGGCGCACCGCCACGCUGCGCGCCAACGCCUCCUGCGGCACCGCCGCCCAUCGAUCGACGAACGCAUCUCAGCCGUGGCCCGCUGGCGGCCCGUCGCUGGUCGACGACCUGAAGAGGGCCCGGCGCGACCUGGACGGACGGGCGGCGGAACGCGAGGGCAGCGGCGGCGAUGCCGGCGUGGCGGGCGACCGGCCUCCGAUGGCGGCCAACGGAACCGGCGGCGAUCGGCGGAGUCGAGGGGGCGACCGGCACGGGCCGGGGGAGGGUACCAGCAGGGCGCGACGCAAGCGGUUCCUGUCGUACCCGCGGCACGUGGAGGUGAUGGUGGUGGCCGACAGGAAGAUGGUGCGCUACCACGGGGAGUCGCUGGAGCACUACGUCCUCACGCUCAUGUCCAUGGUGGCCGCCAUCUUCAAAGACUCAAGCAUCGGUAAUCAAAUCAACAUCGUCCUCGUGAAAUUGGUCAUCGUUCAAGACGACAAGGAUGGCCCAUCGAUCUCCUUCAACGCCGAGACGACGCUCCGCAACUUCUGCUUGUGGCAGCAGGGCCGGAACUUACUGGACGACAGUCACCCUCUCCACCACGACACGGCCAUCCUGAUUACCCGGGAAGAUAUUUGUAGGGCGCUGAACAAAUGUGACACAUUAGGACUGGCGGAGAUCGGCACGGUGUGCGAUCAGUACCGCAGCUGCUCCAUCAGCGAGGACAGCGGCCUCAGCACGGCGUUCACCAUCUCCCACGAGCUGGGCCACGUGUUAAACAUGCCCCAUGAUGACAGCCCCAAGUGCAAGGACCUCCUCUCCAACGGCCAGUUCAACGUGAUGGCUCCCACCCUCAACUACGAGACCCACCCGUGGACCUGGUCCAAAUGCAGCCGCAAGUACAUCACGGAAUUCCUGGACGCAGGGUAUGGCGAAUGUCUGCUGGACGAGCCGGCGGCCCAGCGCUACGACCUGCCCCAGGUGUCGCCGGGCCACCUGUACAACGCCAACCGUCAGUGCGAGCUGGUGUUCGGGCCGGGCACCCAGGUGUGCCCGUACAUGAGGCAGUGCAGGCGUCUCUGGUGCACCAGCGCCGAGGACGUGAACAUGGGCUGUCGCACGCAGCACAUGCCCCUGGCAGACGGCACGGACUGCGGCCAGGGCAUGGUGUGCCGGCAGGGCCUGUGCGUGGUGCGCGAGCUGGAUGACCGCGCCGUGGAUGGAGAGUGGGGCUCCUGGGGGCCGUUUGGACCCUGCUCGCGCUCUUGCGGGGGCGGAAUCCGCCAGGCGGCAAGGGAGUGCUCCCAUCCAGAACCGAAGAACGGGGGCCGCUACUGCGUGGGUCGGAGGCUGCGUUUCCGCUCGUGCAGCACGGAGCUGUGCCCGCGGGGGCGCAGGGACUUCCGCGAGGAGCAGUGCGGCGAGUUCAACGGGCGGCACUUCAACAUCAAGGGCCUCUCGCCCACCGUGCACUGGAUGCCCAAGUACAGCGGCAUCCUCAUGAAGGAUCGCUGCAAGCUGUUCUGCCGCGCGGCCGGCUCCACGGUGUACUACCAGCUGAAGGAGCGCGUGGUCGACGGGACGCCCUGCGGACCUGACUCCAGCGACAUCUGCGUGCAGGGGCUGUGCAGGCAAGCGGGCUGCGACCACAUCCUCAACUCGAGGGCGAAGCGAGACAAGUGCGGGGUGUGCGGGGGCGACAACUCGUCAUGCCGUACCGUGAGCGGGACGUUCCACAGCGUGCAGUACGGCUACAACACAGUGGUCAGGAUCCCAGCUGGAGCCACCAGCAUCGAUGUCCUGCAGCGCAGCUUCUCGGGGAAACCUGAGGAUGACAACUACCUGGCGCUGACCGGGGCACAGGGCGACUUCCUGCUGAACGGGAACUUCGUGGUGAGCAUGUUCAAGCGCGAGGUCAAGGUGGGCGUGGCCGUGCUCGAGUACAGCGGCUCGGACCACGCGACGGAGCGCAUCAACUGCACCGACCGCAUACCCGAGGAUGUCGUGCUGCAGGUGCUGUCCGUGGGCCGCCUGCACAACCCGGACGUGCACUACACCUUCAACGUGCCCAUGGAGGAGCAGAGCGAGCGCUUCGUCUGGGACCCGUACGGGCCCUGGCAGGACUGCAGCCGCAUUUGCCAAGGCGAGCGCUCUCGCCGCGUGGCGUGCGUGCGCGAGGGAGACCGCCACCCCGUGUCGGAGCAGCGCUGCGCCGGGCAGCCGAGGCCCGCGGUGUCCCUGUCCGAGCCGUGCAACUCAGAGUGUGAGUUAAGGUGGCACGUGCUGGGCCGCAGCGACUGUUCGGCGGAGUGCGGCUCGGGUCACCGCACUCUGGAUGUGCGCUGCGUCCGCUACUCCGUCGGCGGGCCGGCCGCGGAGGAGCCGCCCGCGGCCGGAGGAGACGCGGCGGUGCCCGCGGGGAGGAGGGGCAGCCCCUCUCACCCGACGGACGACGCGCACUGCAGGGACCAGCCCAAGCCGUCCACGCGGGAGGCCUGCUACGGCCAGUGCAAGCUGGUGACGUGGAGAUACUCGCCGUGGUCAGAGUGCUCGCGGAGCUGUGGCGGGGGCGUGCGGGCGCGCGAGGCCGCGUGCGUCAGCGGCGCCGGCAGGCCACUGCGGCCCGAGGAGUGCGCGGGGCUGGCGGAGCGUCUCGCCAGCGAGGAGCCGUGCGGCCUGCAGCCCUGCCCGGCCUGGACACUCGGGGACUGGAGCAAGUGCCUGGUGACGUGCGGGCGCGGCGUGUCGAGGCGGCACGUCGAGUGCCGUGCCGGGGACUCGGUGCUGUCGGAGGAGAUGUGCGGCCCGGACGGGCGGCCGGACUCCGUGCGCGCCUGCCUCGGGCCUCCGUGUUCCACGUGGCAGGACGGACCGUGGGGACCGUGCUCCGCCACGUGCGGCCCCGGGUAUCAGAUGCGUGCCAUCCGCUGCAUCGAGGGCGAGCGAGGGGAAGCGGUGGCGGAGGAGCGGUGCAUCGCCGCCACCGCCCGGCCCAGCCACACGCAGGAAUGCACGGUGGCGGAGUGUGCGUUGCCCGUGGUGCCCAGCACACCAGGGCAUCCGACCCACCCGGACCAGACGCAGUGGAGGUUCGGCUCUUGGACCGACUGCUCGCGCUCAUGCGGGGAGGGCGUUCGCGAGCGCUACGUGAGCUGCCGCGACGCGGACGGCGACGUGGCCGAGGGGGCGGCGGCGUGCGCCCACCUGCCCCGGCCGCACGAGCGCGAGGCCUGCUCCUCGGGGCCGUGCACGCGGUGGCAAGCCUCCGCCUGGAGCCCGUGCUCCGCCACGUGCGGCCGUGGCGUGGAGUCGCGCCACGUGGCCUGCGUUCCCCUCGACGACCCCACCGGCGUCCACGCCGUCGCCGCCGUCACCGAGUGCCAGUCGGAAGAGCGCCCCAUCUCGGAGCGGGAGUGCUCGCCGGAGGCCUGCCCGCCCGAGACGAGGAGUAGGAGCGGAGGGGACGUCUCGAGGGAGGGUGUCGCGCGCCCACGCUCGGUGGCGCCCGCAGGGACCCCCUCGUCUGCUCUCCCGUCUCCUCCUGCUGCUGAUGACAUCGAUGACGCUGACCGCUGGAGGACUGGGCUUUGGGGACCCUGUUCGCAGUCAUGCGGCGACGGCGGCGUCCAGCGACGCCUCGUCGUCUGCCAGGACCCCGACGGCGAGCCCGGCGAUCGCUGCGACCAAAACUCACGGCCGCCGGAGAUGAGGCCCUGCCAGCAGCAGCAGCCGUGCGCCCUGUGGAACUUCGGCACGUGGAGCGCGUGCUCUCGAUCCUGCGGGGGCGGUGGCGUCCGGACGCGCCUCGUGCUCUGCCAGUCUCCGGAGGGACAGCCGCUCCCCGAGACGCGGUGCGACGCAGCAACGCGGCCGCCGCCAGCCGAAGCCUGUGCCGACGAGGGCCCCUGCGUGAGCCCCGGGGUGUGGCACCGCUCGUCCUGGAGCCCGUGCUCAGCGACGUGUGGACGCGGGACGCAGUACCGGGAGGUGCGUUGCCUCGCCGACGGCGGCCGGGGCGACGCGCUGCUGCUGCUGCUGCCGCCGGCCGACUGCGGUCACGUGGAGAAGCCGCGGCAGCAGAGACGGUGCCGGGCCGGUCGCUGCCCGCGGUGGAGGGCUUCCUCCUGGGGCCAGUGUAGCCGCACGUGCGGCGAGGGCGUGCGCGCGCGCCACGUGGUCUGCGCCGAGGGCGGCAAGGCGCCCGUGCGGGAUGAGAUGUGCCGCGCCGACGCGAGGCCUCCCGCCCACGAGCGCUGCUCGUCCGCCGCGUGCGACUUCAUCUGGGUCACGGGCGACUGGAGCGCGUGCACCGCGUCGUGCGGCCCAGGCUACCAGCAACGCCUCGUGUUCUGCUCCGAGACUCACGGCUCGACCGGCGAACACUUCCCCUACGGCUACGGGAGCCACAACCAGCCGCCCCGACCGGGCACCGCGGGGGGCGCCCCCCACUCCCCCCAAGGCACCGUCGUGGGGGGCCAGGAUGCUCGCCCGUCCUGCCCGCACCCCCGACCGCCCGGCACGAGGCCGUGCGACAUUCGCGAAUGCUCCUCCCCGCCGCCGAUGCCACCGCAGGCGGCAUUGCCCGUGCGGUGGAGGACCGGGGCCUGGAGUCAGGUGAGAGUGUCUUGCGGUGACGGCUGGGCCGAGAGGCCAGUACGGUGCCUGACGGGCGAGGGGCGUCCCAGCGAGGCCUGCCCCCCGGAAUCUCGGCCCACCACAAGGCAGCAGUGCCACGGGCAGCCCUGCGAGAAGGCUUCAAGCUGUGCUCACGUACAGAUCCUGCACGGGGCUAAGGAUGACGGGGAGUACCUCAUUAGCAUCGGUGGCAGAGAUGUGAAGAUAUACUGCUGGGGCAUGGAGUCGGCCAGUCCCAGGGAGUACAUCACGCUGUCAAGCGGCGAGGCAGAUAACUACUCGGAGGUGUUCGGAUACAGGUUGCACAACCCCUACGAGUGCCCCUACAACGGCAGCCGCAGGGAGGACUGUGCGUGCCGCAACGACUACCUGGCCGCCGGUUUCUCGGCCUUCAGCCGCGUGCGCCUCGACGUCGACACCAUGCAGAUCCUCACCACCGAUCUGCAGUUCUCCCGGACGCUUUAUGGACGCCCCGUGCCCUUUGCCACGGCCGGGGACUGCUACAGCGCCGCCCGCUGCCCACAGGGCCGCUUCAGCCUCAACCUCUCAGGCACGGGGCUCAUGGUGUCGGAGGCGACGCGCUGGGCGUCGCAGGGAAACUACGCAACCGUCGACGUCCUCCGAUCACCGGACGGUACGAAAAUAUACGGCAGGUGUGGCGGUUACUGUGGGAAGUGCAUCCCUCAUUCCAGCACGGGGCUCAGGCUACGGGUCGCAGCGUGACGCUCGGCCCAGCCUGCUACUGCUGGCCACGGAGUGAAGCUGUGGCAACUUGAGCUGGAAAGAAAAUCACCUGCAGAAGCAAUGCUACCUCGACAGUGGGACCUUUGGUGAAUCUACGCAAUGGUUCUUGCUGAAUUAUUUAUGUGUUUUGUUGUCGUAAUUUUCUUUUGAUAUUUUUUUACGAAACAAUGGUAAGCUUUAAAAAUAUAUAUAAUAUUAAUAAUUAUAGCUGUACAUGUGUACAUACUCCCAAGUGUAACAUACCAACGCUUAUCGCACAGACGUAUUUUGACUUUGUAUUCGUACGGUGCUCUUUUAUUUGUUUUUUUAAUCUGUACAGGUAAAAUGUAAUUGCCUUCCCUUGUAAGGUUGGCUGCUGUUGUUCGGUAUAAUUUAAUAA